GGGAGAGAGGAUAUGUACCCAGCUCAUCCUAGAUAGGUGCUGGAAGUGGAUUAAAUUCACGUUUUCUUUUCUUUCUUUCUUUUUUUUCUUUCCUCCUCCUCCUCCUCUGGUUUCGUGUUACAAAGCCACGGGAGGGAGUUGCGCGGAGAGCCAGUUCCUCUGUGUAGAAACUGAAUGACAGGAUCAUAUGGCUUGAUUUGCCCUAUGUUCAAAAUCAAGAGAGAGAGAGAGAAACAAGAGAACAGAAGAGGGAGAUCCUGGGCGAAUUAAAUAUGACAUUUAUGAGGAUGUGGAAUAAAUUCUAACUCCGAUUCAAAAACAAACCCGAGAUAACGGAGAGGGGGGCAGCGGAUACUGGAUCCGUCGUCAGAGAAAGAGAGAGAGAGAGAGAGCUCUAUCAAACGAGGGGAGAGCGCAGGACGCGUUGCCUAUAGAACCACUAUCAUCAUCACCACAACAAGCCCAAUGUGACCUUCAUCGGAGGAGAGUGGCUCUUUUCGACACUCACCAAGAAGACGGAGGGAAAAAAACAGGCGUGAGGGAGAAGGAGAAGAAAGCACAAAGACGCACGAGGGAGGAGAAGAGAAACAAGCUGCCAGGAGCCGGGCUGCUCUCAGAGUCCUGACCAUCUGAUUAAUCCCCCUGUCCGUCUCUCAGCGCCGAAUCCGCAGCCUCUCAUCGAAUGGGAGGUGCCGUGGGAGCCAUGGGCGGGCCAAAGGUCUUGCUCCUGGUGCUUCUGUUUGGCUGGGAGAAGUCACUGGGUCUCAACUGGAAUCCGAUCCCACGCAAGACCAUUCGAUACCAGGAUGUGUUGGACAGCAUGGCGAGGUUCAGCGUUCAAGGAGUGUGGAACUACAGCAUGUUGACUUUGUCCGAGCAUGAGAGGGUCUUGUACGUCGGGGCACGAGAGGCACUGUUCGCCUUGGACCCCAACAACAUCAGCAAACAGCUACGGCCACAGAUUGACUGGCCGGCGCCCCAGGAUAAGAAGAAGGAGUGUGCUGCCAAGGGGAAGAACAACCAGACCGAGUGCUUCAACUACAUACGUUUCCUGCAGAGCUACAACCACACACACCUCUACACCUGCGGCACCUACGCCUUCCAGCCCAAAUGCACCUUGGUGAACGCAGACUAUUUCACCCUCAACACUGCCGCCCUGGAGGAUGGGAAGGGCAAGUGCCCUUACGACCCAGCCAAGGGCCACACCGGCCUGAUCGUGGAUAAGGAGCUAUACUCGGCAACGCUCAACAACUUCCUGGGCACAGAGCCGGUCAUCCUGAGGAACCUGGGCCAGCAACACUACAGCAUGAAGAGCGAAUACCUGCCUGCCUGGCUCAAUGAGCCAGACUUCGUGGGUUCGGCUCUGGUGAGGGAGAGCAGCGGCAGUAAGGAGGGAGACGACGACAAGAUCUACUUCUUCUUCAGCGAGCGAGCGGUGGAGCUGGAGUGCGACACCGAGCUGACCGUGGCCCGGGUGGCCCGGGUGUGCAAGGGCGAUCUGGGCGGCACGAGGACCCUGCAGAAGAAGUGGACCACCUUCCAGAAGGCGCGUCUGGAGUGCUCCCUCCCCGAGCGCCACGUCUCCUUCAACAACCUGCGGGCCGUGUUCACGCUGCCGGGGCAGGACUGGAGGGGAACCACCUUCUAUGGCAUCUUCCACGCCCAGUGGGGUGACGUGGAUGUGUCGGCGGUGUGCCAGUACCAGAUAGCAGACGUGAAGAUGGUGUUUAAAGGGUACUACAAGGAGUACAGGGAGGCGUCCCAGAGGUGGGGGCGCUACACUGGCGCUGUCCCUGUCCCACGGCCUGGAUCGUGUAUAACCAACUCAGACAGGGAAAAUGGCUACAACAGCUCCCUGCAGCUGCCUGACGCCACCCUCAACUUUGCCAAGAAGCACCCGCUGAUGGACGACAAGGCUCUGGCUCGCCCCCUGCUGCUCACCAAGGGCGUCAACUUCACCCGGCUGGCAGUGGACCGGGUCAGCGCCCUCGACCAGCGGGCGUACAACAUGCUCUUCAUCGGGACAGCGGAGGGCUGGCUGCAGCGGGUGGUGAUCCUGGGCUCCGAGGCUCACGUAAUAGAGGAGAUUCAGCUGUUUGAGACAGCGCAGCCCGUGGACAGCCUCACCAUCUCCCACUCCAAGAAGUAUUUGUACAUUGGCUCUCGCUCCGAGGUUCUCCAGCUGCCCUUGGCUAACUGCAGCCGCUAUCAGUCUCAGCCAGACUGUCUGCUGUCCCGGGACCCCUACUGCGCCUGGGACAGCGAGGGUCGGGCCUGCGUCCGCAUCGACCUCCACCGCGGAUCCACCUCUUCGCUGUCCCAGGACCUCACGCUGGAGAGGUUCAAGAGGGGGAAGUUUGACAAGCCCGUCUCCAUCCCCAGCCCUGAGCACUCUCGCCUUCGCAAUGUGACAGUGGUGGUGGGCUCGGACAUGGUGCUGCCCUGCCAGCUGGUCUCCAACCUCGCUCAGCCCUGCUGGGUCCUUAACGACCGUGAGCUCCAGCUCGGGGACCCCGAUGCCGGCGGGCCACGCUUCGACCGGACCCUCAAGGCUCUAGUGGUCCCGGACGCAGGUCAAGCGCAGGCGGGACGUUAUAUCUGCUACUCUGAGGAGCAGGGUGUCAAGUUCCAGACAGAGCGCUACCAGGUAGCUGUAGUGGCCAGUGCUCCGGUAUUCAUGGAGGCCCGCGCCCCAGACGGCAGCAUGGGGCUGUUCUGGGUGCUGGUCAUCACUCUCGGCGCAGCCUGCCUGCUGCUCCUGGUGGCAGCGCUUUACCUGCGGAGGAGGCUGAAGCUGGCCCUGGGCAAGGGGGCUGACAUGAAGCCCCUGGAGAGCACCCUGGUCUACCCCAUCACCCUGCCCAAGGAGCCGCCCACCUUCGUGCCCAGCAAGAUGCCCAGCGACGAGGAUCGCUUCUGGGAAACAGGCGCCAACUACUACUACUCGGACGGCUCGCUGAAGAUCGUUCCCGGCCACGCCCUGGGGCCCAGCAGUGUGAGCAGCACGGCGUCGCCCAGUGCCAUUCCCGGGCAGCCCAUCCACUCCCCCAGCCGCCUCAGCCUCACCAACAUUCGAGGCUCCGGUAGCAACGGCUACAUCCGCCUCAACCUGAGCACGGCAGGGGAGGAGAGGGCUAGCGGGGCCGGCGCUGGGGGCGGCGGGCUGGGAGGGCUGGGCGUGAGCGGGAACGACUACUCCAGCCCCUUCAAGGAGGAGCUGAGACGCACGCUGCAGCAGAGGAGCGUGCUGCCCGACGCCAACCCCGAGGAGUCAUCCGUCUAGGCCUGUCCUCCUCUUCCUCCUCCUCCUCCAUUCCCUGAGUUGGAAAAACAAAACAACCAACCUACCUCCCUCCUUUCGAGGACGCCCGCUCUCUCUCUCUUUCAGCGACGCUCUUGUCAGUUUCCCAUGCUCUCUCUCUCUCUCUGCCAAUGCCUGUUUGGCUCACUCUGUGACUCUGUGGACAUUUAUAGCACACACAGCAUGUUAAAUACACGCAAUCAUACAUCGUGUUCGCCAACACACAGUCCUGUAAUUAUUGUGUUCUGGGCACCAUGCAGUCAUGGUUUAAACUUCUUUCUGUUUCCACUGUGCAAUCGUCACUUGUGUAAAUUGUGUAUUUAAAAAGGCAUAGGCCUCCUGAACGCAGAGGACAACACCUCAAGCUUGGAAGUCAAACAAAUGGCGUUACUUGUUUCAUGAAGGGCACAUCUCUUUUAUAUUGAGUGGACCAAUUAAGGUUUUUAGCCUCUGUGCUGGAACCAAUGACAAACGGCAAGUGCGACUGACUGGAACUAUCAAACUGACUUACUGUCCUUUUGUUCCUUUGAGACUUUUUGAGCUUACUGCACUUAAAACCGGAGGCGCGCCUUCCUUUUUGUAUUUGUGAGCCAAGAGUGGUAUAAAAAGAGAGCCAAGAGAGGUAUAAAAAGACUAAUUAAUCUCGAAGCAAGAUGACAAUCAGGUCCCCGUCGCAGGAGCUCUGCCUGGGACGGGAAAGAGAUGAGAGAGAGACAGAGAGCGAGAAAAUGAAUUGAAAAUGAAGUGAACUUGGAGUGAAAGACGAAGGGAGAUUUUGAAUGAAGGACAAUCUCUCAAGACUUUCUCAGCUCGAUUUGUAAUUUUUUUUUUUUUUUCCCCUCACGUCGCAAUUUACCCCUGGAGAAAGUCCUCAACCCCUUCAACUUUCAUUUGUGGUGACAGUUGGUUUUAAUUAAGACAUUUCUAGUUGUUCUUUUUCUAAGUCUUACAGACUACAGCAGUGUUCAAACGGUGAUCAGUGGCUAAAGGCUCCCCUCUGUGAACGAGAAUGUGAGGGCAAGCACUUACAUUCCUCACUUAGCCCUGCACAGUAACCUUCAAAUGCACCUUCACAUCCAAUAUAUUACAAGUGCACUCCAAACCACAUUUAUUAGAGUCACAGUGCAUAAUAGAUAUUUGUCUGUUUUGGUUCAGCCCAUUCGGACAUUUAUUCCUCUCCUCGGGGGGAAAAGUGGUUAUUUGCAUUCAACUCUUGAGAUGCAGACCAAUAACUGCACACUUAAUUCCAAAUUGAAGCUGACAUGAAGGCAUUAGGCAUGGAGAAUGUAGGUGAACCCUUACUAUUGCGACCGCUGUGGAUGUCUCAAUAAGUGCAUUAUAUUUUAUGUGUUUGGUGAGGGUGGUAGCUUGCACUGCCAAGAAGGAACCCCCCCUCCCCUUCCUCACACACACACUCGCAUCCCUCUGAAUGCCAAUCAGUCCUGGACUACAGUGUGUUUCUAACGCACCCUUCAAUUCCCAGAAACCCCUCCCUCUUACCGACGCCCAGAGACUGACCUGGGGCUACUGUGGACAGAUACAGAGGAACAGAACAGCACUGUAACACACAUACACAUACGCCAACUCACACACACACACACACACACACACACACACACACUGCCUGUGUUAAUGGAGGGAUGGACAGACAGACUGAUUGCUGCCCUGUUGACAAACCAGUGGCUCCAGACGGGAGGCAGCCGUGAACCUGUAAGAGGUAUUGUUCCACUUAAUUAAAUUCACACAGACAGAUUUAAACAAGUCCUGACCUUUAACAAUUUCCACUUAAUCCUCUUGACUUCCAUACUGAGAAGAGUAUUAGGAAUAAUUUGGCUUAGUCCUCAGCUUUAAAGGAAUACGCCAAGUUACUGGAGGACAAUCCCUUCAGUUGACUUACCCAGUAAGAGAUGAGAACGCCGAAAUCCUCCAUGGGUCCCUGGUAGAUCACCGGGUAGAUCAGACUGCUUUAUCAUGUGGCCUGUAACCAGGUUUAUUUUUGGAAAUAUUUCAGGUGAGCAAUCACAGAUUUAGGAUUUUUAUAUGAUUUUAAGAUGUAAACCAUAUCUCAAUACCCAACAUAUUCACUUCCAGUAGAAAAAGGAAAAAACAUUUGUUGCAUUUUUGUUGCAUAUUUUGUGUAAAUUUUUACUAAUGACACUAACAACACAAAACUAACAGACUUAGCUCAUACAGGACAAAUUAAACUUACUUUAUGGGUGUAGAGCUGCUAUAUUAUUUUUCUCACUUUUGAGGUAGUGGCCUACUGUCUCUCAACACAGUGUUUGCUAAAGUGUCCACAUGGAGCUGCAGUGUGUGUGAUCUACCGUUGGACAGAUGGAUGAUUUUGGUGGAGUUACCUCUCAAAGCAAAAACUUGGUGUAUUCCUUUAAGCUCCCUAAAUGGUGAUACUGAUGACCUUAUCACAUUUCCCCGCCCCCCAGGUCAAUAAAAUAGAGCAAGCACUACAUAUCGCUCUUGACAGUUGAAAACCAUGUAUCUCCAGAUUGUCAGUCUUUUCAGGAACUAAGACAAAGAGCAUUAUUCUGAGCUGUGCAGACCAUUCUGUUUAUUAAUUAGUUUUGAAAAUAUUUCUUACACACAACAGUUGAGGAACUUUCUCAACCUAUAAAAGAACAGACAGAUCCUGGAAAAUAAAGAUAAAACAUGAAACCAAAAUUGGAGAUACAGGUUUUUCACUCGGCCAUGCUACAUAUGACCGUAAUGUUAAAGCAAAACUGAACUCUGAUAGAGGUUGUAUAGUUAUGUGGGCAUUAUGUAAGUCCCAAUACCCAUUUUUUAGGAAGGUAAAUGUCUCUUUUUUUGUUGCUCUCCUAUUUGAAUUGGAAAGUAGACCCAGCAGGUAGCAUCUGAAGGAAACUUCCACUUAGUAGUCUUGUGCCAUGAAGUAAUGACUUGAUAGAAAAAAAAAUGGGCACCAGGAGUUCUGUUUUUCUAUAUUGGCAUGAUCGACUUUGUACAUGUUUGCUCAUGGGCUAAAAAGUGUUUUUUUGUUUGUUUGUUUGUUUUUUUUUGGGACGCCCAGGUAACUAUAUAACCCAACGCUCAACAUCAAAGUUCAGUUUUGCUGGAAGUCGUUUUGUGCCUAACUUGUAAUGCUCUGAACAUGGUUUGGCACACAGCACAGAUUGCCUUCAAUAACCUGUCCUUCGUCCUCUUCCUGUGCUUUGUCCAUCAGGGGUGUCUUUUGUUUUUGGGACGUGUCUGUCGGGACCAGUGGAGCACAGCAAGAGGGAAAGGGAGGACAAAAAUGCUUUUUUUUUUUGCCCCACCAUGUACAGACAGCUGAAGGAGAUGUAGAAUAUUGAAAUGAUCCCAAGGUUGAAGAGGUACUCAGCCAUCAGCACUCCAUACUAGUGUUGCAUGAUCCUCUGCAAGUGGACUGUACAUCUUUGAUAUGAUCAUCCUUGUAGAAGUGCAUCAUCUCUGGACUUUUACAGACACUAAUGUUCUUAAACACUAAUGUUCUCUGAAAAAAAAAAAGAAAAGAAAAUGUCUGAUUUUAUGGUUCAAAAGUUGUACAGGAUUUCAUGGCUGCAUCUCAACAUGUUUACUUUUGCUGUGCCUCUUCACCUUUUGGAUAAGCCAAAGUAGACUGCAGUUGCUUUUUCUUCUUCUUUUUUUAAAUACUUAAUUUAAUUUUAUGUGAUUCCUGGUCAAUAUUUAAGUCUCAGCAGUCCGUCCACUUUGCAACACUGAACUGACGUCUGCAACUUUCCUGCAUAUUUUAACUUCAGCUUGAUUUUCCCUCAAGAGCAAGAACAAAAAAAAAAAAAAAAAAAA